ACCUGCACCGGGACACGGGACCCGGGUCAGGCCGCCCUGGGCCUCGGGGUUCCCCGGCCACCUGGAGAGCGCGCUGCGGGGAUCUUCCCUGUUGGGACUUUGCACCAGUGGUCACUUCUCCAGCUGCCGAGGCGAACUUGGCCGAUGACCACCCUCCCUGCCCUCAGCCCAUAGGGACGUCUGCCGCUGUGGGGGACUGCGGACAAGCCCCCUAUUCUGCCGCUGAUCACCCAUCUGGGGCCCUGACUGUCCUUUAAGGAACUUAAGAGAGCUGCCACGCACAACACACAAAGGGACAGAGAGCAGCCGGGAGCAGGGCCACACCUGGAGAAGCAGCCCCUGCCGUGGGCAAGGGGGCUGCCAGUGUCUGGACGGCGGUGCUGGCACGUCCCUGGGGUCCCUGCUGUUGCGCUGACGGACAGGCUGGUCUUCAGGGUUCUUGGCACACAUGUUUUUCAGCCUGUUCCUGCCACACCCUCUUCCCCACGCCCGCUGCUGGGGGACACUGAGGGCAGCUGGAUUCAACCCCAGGACCUGUGGUUCUGGCUUCUUUCGUUAAAAUGCAGAAACGGAGGCCCAGAGAGGUUAAUAGCCUGCCUGGGGUCCCCCAGCCCAGAUGCUGCAGAGCUGACAUUUGAAUCCAGAGAAGAGCAAGCUGAGGCUGGAGCUGAACAGAGGGCAGGGAGGCGAGUGGUGGCCUGAGAGGCCUGGAACAGUGCCUGGCACACAGUAGAUGCUUCAUAAACAUUCCAUGAAUGAAGUCAAUCUCUACAAGUCUCUGAAGUUGGUUCUGCUCAUAUCCCUAUUUCAUGGACGGACAAAUCAAGGUCGAACCACAGUCAGGGCUGGGACCUGGCAGGGACUGCGGAAGGCCAGCUGGUCUUGUUCUUGGGAUGAUGGAAACAGCAGCGCCUGAAAUGAGGCCUGGGUUUGGAUUUCAGCCCUGCCCAACCUGCUUUGUGACACCGGGGAAGCAGUUAACCUCUCUGUGCCUGUUUCCUCAUCUGUUGAACCCGAGCCAGGCCAGUCCCUGUAACCUAAGGUCUAUUGUGAGAUCAAGUGAGUUCAUCCCUCUGAAAUGUCUGGCAUGCGGUAGGAACUCACAACAUUAUUUCAGGGAUACAGGAGGGCAGGAGGUUAUGAGGCUGUCUGGGGAGGCUGGUGAGACCCAGGUUCUAGUCCUGUCUCUGCUCCUUAGGAGUUGUGGGCACAUGGGCUGCCUGCUUCCACCCUGUGAGUGUCAGUUUUCUCAUCUGUGAAACGGGGAUGUAGAGUGGCCGCAAGGUCCCCUCGGGGCACUGGGUGACCUAGCAUCAGUGGUAUUGUGCGUAACAGCCCUUCCAUGGGGUCCAGGCCCCGGGCUCCCCUCCAGGCCCGGCGAUUGCGGCCAUGAAGCUGAACGAGCGCAGCCUGGCCUUCUACGCCACCUGCGACGCCCCAGUGGACAACGCAGGCUUCCUGUACAAGAAGGGCGGGCGACACGCAGCCUACCACCGGCGCUGGUUCGUCCUGCGUGGGAACAUGCUCUUCUACUUCGAGGAUGCGGCCAGCCGCGAGCCUGUGGGCGUCAUCAUCCUGGAGGGCUGCACCGUGGAGCUGGUGGAGGCCGCGGAGGAGUUCGCCUUCGCCGUGCGCUUCGCGGGGACCCGGGCGCGCACCUACGUGCUGGCCGCUGAGAGUCAGGCCGCCAUGGAGGGUUGGGUCAAGGCCCUGUCGCGUGCCAGCUUCGACUACCUGCGGCUGGUGGUACGUGAGCUGGAGCAGCAGCUGGCGGCUGUGCGCGGCGAGGGUGGCAUGGCCCUGCCCCAGCCUCAGUCCCUGCCCUUGCCCCCGUCCCUGCCCUCUGCCCCGGCCCCAGUCCCAUUCCUGCCCUCUGCCCCGGCCCCAGUCCCAGCCCUGCCCCUGCCCCGCCGGUCCAGCGCCCUCCCGCCCAAGGAGAAUGGCUGCGCUGUCUGGAGCACUGAGGCCACCUUCAGACCUGGACCCGAGCCCCCUCCGCCACCGCCUCGCCGCCGGGCCUCGGCACCCCACGGGCCCCUGGACGUGGCCCCCUUCGCCCGGCUGCACGAGUGCUAUGGCCAGGAGAUCCGGGCCCUGCGCGGCCAGUGGCUCAGCAGCCGGGUCCAGCCCUGAGGCCACCAGGGCACCUGUUUUAGGGGGACGCAAGCUCCAUGCCCUCUGGGACAGGCCGGGUACUGGAGAGACUGGGGGAGCUGGUCCUGAGGGAAAUCAUGGGCAAAGCUGGCUUCCAGUCCCUGAAUGGCCUGGUUUUGGGGGAUGCAGGCUCUGAGAAGGUGCUGGAUUCUGAAUGGGCCUUUAGGACCAUGUGAUUCAGAAGGCCUACCCUUGAGAGGACCUCACACGCGACACUAAGGAGAAUCCAGGGCCUGAGGGGGAGGUUUCCUGAGAACUCUGGCCCCAGGCUGGCCUGAGCUGCCUGGCAGAGGCCUUUGCUGGCAACAGCCCUUGCUGGGCCUGCAGCUCAGAGGGUCACUGGGACUGAGGACAAUCUGUGGCCUGAAAAGCAAAUGCACAGUUAGUGCGGCUCCUGACCGGGCCCUCAGGGUGGAUAGAGAGAGGAUCGGUUGUGGCAGCUACACCUGGGCCUGGCCUUGCUCCAGGACCUGCCAGAGGAGCUGACCUGGCUCCGUGCCUGCCUGUCUCCAGGAGCAGGACAGUGGCUUGGAGGGUGGCGACUGGGGACACAGGUGCAGGUGUUAGUGCAGGACCGGAAGGGUGAGGUUGCCUGGUCGCUGGGGCUCCUGGCCUGGGCCGGCUGAGGCAGGACUCUGCCGGGUCCCCUGCCAGGCCUUAUGGUGGUGCUCCUGGUGGUAGUGGCUUUCUGGCUGCAGGCCCUGUCUUUGUCUCCGUGGUGGCUCUCACAGGGCUUUCCAGACACUCCUUGACUGCAUCCUUCAGUCUUGGCCCCCAGGCCUGGGGCCCCUUGGGAGCUCUCCUGACCUCCCUUUCUGGGCUGGGCAGCCAUGGCCCGAGGUGACCUUCUAGCAGGUUCCCCCAGGGAGGGGAGGCCACUAGCUGACUCACCACCUAAGAUGGCCCAGGUACUGACCUAGUGGCAGAGAAAACACAGCCUCACACCGAAUGCAACUUCCAGAACCCCUCUUCAGCUUCAGGCAGCCCCCUCCAACAGGUCCCCUCCUGAGCUCAGUCCCCACCCCAUACUCCCGGUGGGGACCAGGUCUUGCCUGGCUUCGGGGCUAACCGCCGGUCCCCUUUCUUCUCACCACAGUGCCCAUUCUUCAUCCAGGGAGAACCUCGGGGCUGGGAAUACCCUCUGGCCCUCACCCUGGGUCAUGUUUACAGUCCUCAAUGCCCCACACCAGGGGCCGCCUGAGGACACCCCCACCCUGACCUUGAUUUUCCCAAACGCUGCCUCUUGGUGACAGACUCAGCCUGAAACCCCUUCUUUCUGUCUUUGGAGACCCUUGGGCUUGGGGAAAUAUGGAGGGGGGUGUGUCUGCAAUCAAGGCCUCUCCAGCUCACGGCUGGCCCGGUGGGCUGGGACCUCAGUCUGAAUUUUAAAUACUUAGGGUGCAUUUUUUUUUUUCUGGCAACAAAACUUGAUGUUUUCACUGCUUUAGUUUCCUGUUUGCUGGUGGGAGGGGAUAUGAUCUGUGACUCUGGGCUUGGCUUGGGGGAACAGUUGUCCCUGCUGCUGGGGAGAGGGGCAGCUUGGGCUGGAGAAACACAGCCAGAGACAGAGCCCCUUGAGAGGGAUCCUUGGCUGCUUCAUUGUCUUCCCCCCAGCAAGCCCUGCUCUCCUCCACAGGCACCUCUGGGGUCUUGGUACGGUCCCCGCUCACCUCCUUCCAGAGUCCUGAGCGGUGUGGGUGGGGGUGGCACAGGAUCUGGGGCUUGGGAGGGGUUCGGAGCUGCCCAGAGCCCCGUGUCCUGGCAGACUCAGCGGGUGGGGUGAGGUGUUAACCCCAGUCCUGGCGUAGGUUUACAGACUCUCAAGGUACGCUGGCCCUGGUGUCCUGGGAGAGAGGGGUGGGGGAUGUCCCCUACCAAAGCACAAGGUGGGGUCAGGCUGCCUCCCAGGUUGGGUGUCGGGGGAGCUUUCUGGCAGCCUGGGAGGGAGAUGCAAGGGCUAAAAUAAAAUUUUGUCAAGUAA